GGCUUCCGAUCAGACCCUCUUCAAUCGCCUUGUUUCUUUUCUCGUGUCUUGUUGUCUUGUUCUUGCCUCGUCUUCACCUCGAAGCAGAUGAGGGCGAAAAGGAAUCGAGGAGGAGCUGAUGGGCUCCUUUAGGCCAGCCAAGUUGCAUCGGACCACCUCAAUGGAUUGGUCUUCUUUAGCUGGUCUGCCUUGUCGUCGCUGUCGUCGUUGCUGCUGCUGCUGCUGCCGUCGUCGUCGUCGCAGCGGGAUCUCGGCCGUAUAUGCGGGGGUCUGCGUAUCCGCGCACUCGCCUUGCCGCGCCCUUGUCUGGUCUGAUCGUGUAAAAUGGGCGGUGAGGGCGGAGCCUUGUCGCAGUGAUGAGCGUGUGCUGGGUUGGUCAAUCGCAAGAUUGUGUCGGUCCCUCUCCCCCGUGGCGUCUUUCUUCUUUUAGCUGAGGCGAAAAGAAAAAAAAAAAAUCCAGAAUCCAAAAGAGCGCAAACAAAAAGCGCGAAAAAAAAAGAAAAGGGAAAAAGGGUGCUGCUC